AUGUCUUCCUCCGUGGGCGAGAGCAGUCUCCGUGCCAAGGCCUUUGCCCGCCGCCCUUCUGGCUUCCUCUGCCUGGCCCCGGCCACUUCCUCCUCGUACCCGCAGAUGCCGGCCAGCCGUCCUGCCCCGGCCAACGGAGCAGAGCCGUCGUCCAGACGAUCGUCGAGCGCCAGCAGCACCGGCCCGCGAGUGCUCAAGCUGGGGCCCGUCCACUGGGGCGAGCACCUCGACGACCACAAGGAGGACUUUUACUCCGAGAAGUCCUAG